AGAAAAAUCAAGUUCAAGAAGCAAUUCAACGCUCUCAACUUAUGAAUCGUUCGAAUACAUAGCCAGCCUGUGUACAGAUCAAAGUUCGUUGCAAACAAAACUGGACUACGUUCUUCAAGAGUAACUUGGUGCCAUUCUCAAAAUGCCAGCAGGAGUCUCCUGGCCUCGAUACCUCUCAUUUUUCACAGCAGCUAUGCUGUCAAUGUUCGCUGGUUCUCAGACAGUCCACUACUAUUACAAGCCCUUGGAUGACUUGAAUGACCUUAUAGAGCAGGAGCUCAAAAGGCGAAGUGGCCCAACGUAGAUCAAUGCCUCCGACAUUUGUGUAUGAAUUAAAUUGUAUGUUGUAAUAUUAUGUAGUGUAGACUUAAAUUAUACGGUAUCCAAAUGAA